UCAUAGGGCUUUUUCAAUAUCAAGGACAUUUCCUCGUUUGAAUUUCUCCGGUACAACAAACCUCCCUGAUCGGCAGAUUGUGCAGCGACUGAUCUGAACUUUUCACUCUGCGGAGGGGCUUGAGAGUACUUGCAUUUUUUAUGGAGGUUCCUAUGGAGAUAGACAAAGGGAGCCAUGGGCCUGCUUCUACAAACGCUCUACUGCAGUGGAGCCAGUGGCAACUGCUUGAUUCCCUUCUCCCUACUGGUGGCUUUGCCCAUUCUUGUGGUCUUGAGGCAGCAUUUCAGGCCCACAUGAUCUCUGGGCCUGAAGAUCUUCAAACUUAUGUACUCCAUGUGUUGGAGAAUACGGGGAGCUUAUUACUUCCAUUUGUGUAUUCAGCAAACAUGUCUCCAAACUUAGAAACAUGGCAUAAACUUGACAGAAUGUUGGAUGCAACACUUACAAAUGAAGUGGGUCGAAAGGCCUCAAUUGCUCAAGGAUCAGCACUUAUGAGGGUAGCUGCAACUGUGUUUUCAGAAGUGCCAUCUCUUAAAAUGAUGAGAAGUAACUCUCUGGGCUCUGGGACUGUUGCUUUCCAUCAUGCUCCUAUUUUUGGGCUUGUAUGUGGACUUCUUGGCUUGGAUGUUGGAAUCUCUCAGAGGGCUUAUAUGUUUAUAACAAUGAGAGAUGUUAUUUCUGCUGCAACAAGGCUGAACUUAAUUGGACCCCUUGGGGCAGCUAAAUUACAGCAUGAUAUUGCUAUUGCUGCUGAAGAAAUGUCAAAGAAAUGGAUGAACCGUACAUUUGAGGAAGCAUGCCAAACAGCUCCUUUGCUUGACACAGUACAAGGUUGCCAUGCUUACUUGUUUUCUAGGCUGUUCUGCUCUUGAAUGUCAAUCUUUGUUCUUCUAUGCUGAUGCUGAAGUCUUCCUAGGCCAGAAGCUAGUUGAUUGUUUUUGAAGCUCUGAGUGAAUGGCAUUGUGGUUGUCAAUCAAAAACAAAUUUUUUUCUUUCAUUUUCCAGCUUGAGGAGCUGAUGACCAUAAAGAGUGGCAUUAUGCUUGAAGCAUGUGUUUUCAUCCUCUAUUUGCAGGAUGCAUUUGAAGAAGAUGGAUGGAUUUGUGUCUGAAUGUUCUCUAGAGGCGCCAGCACUUGCCCAGAGCAUGCUUGGUUCUUUUCUGCAUAUUUUUUUUUGUUCAUGGAAGAAGUUGAUCAGCUCUGGAUUCUUAAGCCGAAUGAGCUUCAUCCAGUGUAUUUGAACCGUUGGUAGGUUUUUGUAUUUGCCAUGAUGUUGAAAUGUGGUAUGAAUAAGAUGGCAAGUGUUCUGCAUGUCUCUCCAUCUGAGUUCCAAUUGAAAUGAAUUAUUUCAA